CACCUUUUUUAGAUCGUCUACAGGAAAAUCCCAAUGAGGGCUCCAAGCUUCACUCGUAAAUGCAAGGGCAUGAGUCUCCGAGUUACUCAUGUGGUCUAAUCCAGAUCAAGCAACAUGCCGUCGUUACGAACAAUCUGCCUUCAAAAGUAUCAUCAAUCUGACCUCAAGGGUGUCGCUACGUUGUGCAACGUGGGACUUUCUCUCUCAGAUAACGCGACCUCAACGGACCUUGGGGGAGCGCAGGGCUGAUUCUGCCUUCUCUUCGGCCUAUGGCCUCCUUUUAUUGUUUUUGUUACUCACCUUUACGUUCAGGUUUUCUAAACAGACACAGAGUCAUGGCAAUAUUCCUGCGUGUGAGCCCCUAACGAGUGGUAAUAGUAUUUUUAUCUUCCUUCUUUGCCCUGGACUAAGUGGUCGUACAUACCACUGGAUCUAGGGACUCACAUAAUCCUUAGCUAUCGGCUUUCAUGUGUGCUUCUAGC